CCAACGGUUGAAAUACAAUGUAGAGAGAGAGAGAGAUAGAGCAACAACCGAGAUAAGAAUAUAUACCGAAGUCCAUACACACUACAGGGGUAAAGCGGCUUUCUGAGUUAACGAUUGCCAUCACUUUUAUCAGUGGAAUGGAGGGAGAGAAUAAGAGGAAGAGGACGGCCGAGAACGGCCAGGUUAACUGCAUCAGUGAGGGGGAAAAGGAGGAGAGAGAAUUGGAAGGAGAGAAGCCGGAGGCGGCACCGACAGAGGAGGAGGUUGACGAGUUCUUUGCGAUUCUGCGGAGGAUGCACGUGGCUGUGAAAUACUUCGAGAAGGGAAACACCGGCAACGGUAACGGCGAUGGACGCAAGUUAACGGAGAUGUUAGCGACGGAAAUUGACGACGUACAAAUGAAUGACAAGAACGUUGACGGGGGUUCAGUGAACGGUCUUUUAGAUCUGAACGCCGUUCCCGAGGACGAGAGCAAUAGUGUUUAAGGCGACUGGCCAAAAAUGCCCAUGUGAUACACGUUAGAGUUGGAUCUUGUGGGCAUUUACUGGAGGACUCUAAUGUAAGUCGGGCAGUCUAAAAAAAAUAAUGAUUUCUAUUGUUGUUGUCUAAUUUUCAAGCGAGUAUAUUAUCAAGUGAAAGCUUCUUUUUUUGGCCGAAAGUGUAACUGUAGCUAAAGAAAAGUGUAACUUCACUUUAAAAUACUAAUUUUAUUACUUAAAGUUACAAAUUUUUGAAGGUAACU